UGCAGGUUGCAAGAGAAGGAAUAUUAUAAUAUUGGAACGUGUAUAAUAUGGAAACGUGAUUCUGUCCUUGGAUAUUGUAAAAUGCAAGAUACAGAUGACGACAUAAUAUCAAAGAAAUCACUGCAGGCUGUGAAGCAAAUCAUCAGUUUCCUAAAAGAACAUGCCAGAGAGGAGGGUUUGUUUCGACGCGCGGGCCGUCGCGAGCUACGAACGCGAAUAUUAAAUUCAUUGAAAAAAGGAGAGAAGCCACAUUUGGACAACAAUAACAACGCGGCCUUAGAAUGUGCAGCAGCGUUGCAACUUUUUCUUAGCCACUUAAAGAAACCCGUGAUGCCUCAACAUGUCCAACAACUUCUUCUGGCCGACAAUCCCGGGGUGACCGCCCACGUAAUCGCGAGGGACGCGCUUGGAUUAAUACGACAGGACGUCGGGGGUCGUCACGGGGAGCUUCUGGCCAGGCUUCUUGAUUUACUCAGACACUUGACGCUUUCCGGCCCACCGUCGGAGAGAUCGGAACUACGCGGCUCGCCGCUUCCGAUUGCGCUGCUUCCGGUCUUCUUUACCCUAACGCCGGCUGACCUGGUGAAAUGGAAGCAAGUAGCCGCCAGAUUCAGCGAAUUAAUUACCGAAGCUCCUGAGCAACUGCAGCUGAAUGAAAAUCGAUCGUAUGACGUAGAAUCAACGGGUGUAACUAGCGGGAGCGAGGCGAACGUCAGGUUGGAGAGAUAACUCGCAUUCUUGCUGUGCCGUUGCAUAGACUUCCGGCAAGCAGACUUCAUCCAGCAAUUUCCAAUUCGAAUCGAUAGCCACGGCAUUAAAAUACAUUAAUAUAAAUGCAAUUCUUUCGCAUGAAUGUUACGGAACGAUGCAUAAAUUAUCUGUAUCCAUUUAUUGCACUUUUCAUACUUCGUUCGAUGGAAUGAAGAAAGAAGAAGGAAUUGCUUCUCGUUAUGCAUUUUUAUACUUGGUUGUUAUACCCUCAAUUUUAUUGUAAUUAUUUAUUCUUGUAUAAAAUACUGUAAAAUAAAAUUACUUUCGCUGGUA